AUGGACAUAAUUUACUACCUGGUAGUUAUUGCUUUGUUCAACAUCCAGGCGUCUGAAACAUAUUCUCUAUGUUUACGUGGGUGCAGCUGCGUAGAAGACCGCCAUGGAAGGUCACUCAUAUGUAUGGAGGAGAGUGCGUUUGGGGCCAUACCAGAGAACCUUCCAGAUGAUAUGACCAAAAUACGAAUAGAAAAAUCGCACUUCACUGAAAUACCCAGAGGGGCAUUCUCACAGACACCCGCCUUGGAAAACCUGUGGUUAAACUUCAAUGACAUCACAGUGAUCAACUCAAAGGGUCUGGGGGGUUUGGGGAACUUAACCGAGCUCCGUCUGCAGGGGAACAAGCUCCGUUCAGUACCAUGGACAGCGUUCGAGGACACGCCGGCCCUGAAGAUCCUGGACCUGAAGCACAACCAGCUGGACGUCCUGCCGGAGCACGCGUUAAAAUUUUUGCCAGAUCUGACUUACUUAGACUUAUCCUUCAAUCUGCUUACGGUCAUAUCGAAGGAGGUUUUCCAUAAUUGGCCUCUCUACCAAAAACUGCAGAACACGGAGGAGCGGGAGGGGCCCUCCUCCGGGCCGAACGUCGUCCUUGCGCUCCACGACAACGCGUGGGUCUGCGACUGCCGCCUGAAGGGCUUCGUGGAGUUCAUCAGGUCCCUGAGCCCCCCUAUUAUACUGAUGAACUCCUACUUGACCUGCUCAGGGCCGGACUCUAAGGCGGGCAAGUUCUUCCAUGAGGUAGAGCUGCAGGCGUGCGUGAAGCCCGUCGUCACCACCCCGUCUUCCAACAUCAACCUGCCCCAGGGCACCAACCUCACCCUGCGCUGCUUCGCUAAGGCCCGGCCAGAUCCCGCGGUGUGGUGGACAUAUGGUCUGAAGAUAAUCAGAGGAUUUCAUGAGUCUCAGGAGAGAGUGGAUGAAGACACCAUCAGAUCCCUCCUGUUGAUCCCCUCUCUGCAUGCAGCUGACCGUGGUGUUUAUACCUGCACUGCUGUCAACUUCAUUGGAAACUCCUCUGCCAGCGUCCUCCUGGACGUCCACUCUCCUGCAGGCUCCCAGACAUCGGUCCUCUCUGGAAACCCGGCUCCACCUGCUGAUAAGGGUGAUGAAAACGUCUACAUUGACAUCCACAUUGCCAAACAGACAGUCCGUGGUAUUACCAUUGAGUGGUACGCCGCUUUGGACCGCCCUGCAGAAACCUGGUUCACCAUCCACUUUGGCCAUGCAGGCAAUGAAAAGAAAGAAAUGAUCUUCAUCGGCCCUGGGAUUCACUCGUACUCCAUCUCUGAUCUGAUGCCUGCUACCAAAUAUGAAAUCUGUGUAACCCUUAAGAACCAGGCACCACGUAAUGGCCAGUGCAUUGUGUUUGUAACAGGAAGUGACAUUACUGAGAUGGAGCAGAGGGAGAAGCUGAUACAUAUAGUGGUUAUAGUUUUAGCCAUGGUGCUGGCGGUCCCUAUAGGUAUGUAUGCCUGCACCACUGACACUAAGUUUGCCUGCCUGGAGGGGAUCAUGGAGUCCUGGAAGAACCGGCGGAGAGAGAGAAGCUCAUCCGGGAUGGAGCGGGAGAGGCACGGGACCUUCGACAGCCUGCAGGCCGCCAGCGACGAGGGUCUGGUUAAUAAAGAUUCCAGUGAAGACAGGAAGGUGAGGAGACGGUCAGAGGACAGACAGCAUAAAGGCAAAGCCGACCACAGCAGACUCACAGCUGAACUGUAUUAA